UCAAUCUCUCUUACCAACAGCUAAAUUCAAUGGCGUCCAACAACUGCUACUCCUUGGUGCUGGUGGUUGUUGCACUGGUCUCGGCGCCGCUGGCCGCCGUAGCCGGCGACCCAGACAUUCUUACCGACUUCAUCGUGCCGGCGUCGAUGGUCGGCAUGCCGCCGAUGAACAUCACCGGCGACUUCUUCACCUACACCGGCUUCCGUGCUGCCAUGAACAUGACCAUGCCGAUGCCGUCACCAGCGUUGCAGAACUUCACGGUGACCAAGGCCACCAUGAUGGAGUUUCCGGCUCUGAACGGGCAGAGCGUGUCGUACGCCAUGCUCAAGUUCCCCUCCGAGUCCGUCAACCCGCCGCACACCCACCCACGUGCCGCGGAGCUGCUGCUCGUCCUCAAUGGCACGCUCUGCGUCGGCUUCAUCGACACUACCGGCAAGCUGUACACGCAGGACCUCGCCGAGGGCGACAUGUUCGUGUUCCCCAAGGGCUUGGUGCACUACCAGUACAACCCGGGGCAAAGCCCCGCCGUCGCGCUCUCAGCUUUCGGCAGUGCCGCCGCAGGCACCGUGUCCGUGCCCGUCACCGUGUUCGGCACUGGCAUCGACGAUGCGGUUCUUGCCAAGUCGUUCAAGACUGACGUACCCACCGUGCAGAAGCUCAAGGCGGCGCUCACUCCCCCACCCAAGAAGUGAUUCUUGUGCAAUAUAUAUGCUCUCGGUACUCUUCAUCUUCGUCAGUGUGUCACCGCCGCCAUGAAUUAAUAAGACCACCGAGAUAGCGAGUGGCAAGUAGCCAGUACUAUGUAAUGAUGCUUGUUGUGAGGUGUGGGUUUCUAUUGUGACCAUGCGAAGUUUUAUCUGAUUUGGGCGUUAAGAUUGCAUAGGGUGUGCCGAAGCAUAGCACAAA